AUGGCAGAACAUACAGAUCUAACCAAACUUUGUCGCAUAUGUGGAAAUAUUUUGAAUGGAAGAGUUUCCUAUCUUGUAAAGGAAAACCUUUCUGGCCUUCAGUCAGCAUUUCAGGAGGACUUUGAGCAAGAUGUAAACAAAAUACAUCCACCAAAAUUUUGUAAUAAAUGUUACUGCACAAUGCAAAAUUGUAAUUUGCGGGGCACAAAAACAUCAAAAUGCCCAGUAAGAUGGAAAGAAGGCAGUGCAUCAAAUUUCUCGAAAAUUAAAUCUAAAGGGGGACGGCCUAUAAAAUCUAAAAAAGGUGGAAGGCCGAAAAAAACCAUUGAGCCAGAAUUGAUGACACCCAACGACAUUUUAAAGCUAAGUCCGUCUAAGCCUGUACCGACAAUUAUUGAAAAAUGCAUGACACAUUUGGUUGGUAUCAAAAUUAAACAGUCAAAACUACCGAAUCAAACAAUUCAAUUUGCUACAAAAGGACCACAGCCAAUAACGGUUACACCGAUCAGCAUGCCAAGAAAGUUAUCAAAUGAAAGUAGUAAAAGAAGCUUAUCUGAUCGGAGCAAAACAGCUAAAAAUAUAAUCAACAUGAUUUCAGGAAAUUCAAAUGAUGCAUUUGUGAAACAAACAGCUGCGAUCAUGAAAAAAUGUGACAAGGAGCAGCGAAAACAAAUAAUCGCAGAAAUCCAUCAUGUCUCCAUUCCAGCUGAGACUGCUGCCGCCAUGAAAGCCACCUUGAAUUUGCCAUGGAACCUUAUGCGAAAUAUUUCCCGAUGGCUUGCCACUUUUGACAUCAAACUUGCAUCUGAAAAAACAACAAGACAGGUUGCAGACAAGUGGAUAGGGAAAGGGCUUGUUGCUGAGCUAGCUCCUCUAACUCGAAAAUUUAGUAGUAGUAAUAAGCAGCUUGUUGUAGAUCCCAAGCCUUGGGUAUACCUUUACAAUGUUGUAGGUCAUAUAUUAAACCGGUUAACAGAACUGAGUAAAAAUAAUCAAUUAGUUCAUCACUCAUUUAUACCGGAUGAUGAAAUACAUGUUAAAAUUGGUGGUGACCAUGGUGAUAACAGUUUCAAAAUGAGCUAUCAAGUGGCAAAUAUUAGAAACCCUAAUCGCAAAGAAAAUACGACCAUCUUCAGCAUAUUUGAGGCAAAGGAUUCCGUGACAAAUUUAAGAAUCUGCUUAGAAAGAUUUAAACCACAAAUUAGGAUUCUACAAAAACAGAAGUGGAAUAAUUUGAAGAUCCGUCUCUUUAUGUAUGGAGAUUACGAGUAUUUAUGUGCUAUGUAUGGAAUUAGUGGGGCAAAUGGCCGUCACUGUUGUCUCUGGUGCAGCAUAAAGACUGACCAACUUUGCAUCCCAAAAUUUAUUCGUGGAUCUUUUCCAAAACGUAGCUUGGACAGUUUGAACACAAACCUGCAGCGAUUUCGUGACAAUGGAUCGUUAGUGAAAAACGCCAAACACUAUCAAAAUGUGAUACAUGAUUGCUUCUUUAACAUCCCCCUAGAACAAGUAAGUAUAAUGUGGCUAUACCAGGGCUCCACCUAA